ACCCGCUAACGCAGCCAACUUCAGCGCAAUGUAGAAGAAUGUCAACUCUGUGUGUCACGAAACCGUUUAGUCCUCAAAUAAAUUAGUAAUAGUUACGAAAUUUUAGCUUAUAGAAUAAUAAAAUGUGAUUUUACGCCAUGUAAUUUAAAUAGUGUGUUCAAAGACUUCAACCGAACCGAGAGAUACGUAAGCGAGGAAUUUGUUUAUACAAUAAUGGCAAACCGGAAUCGUCCAGUGCAGCACAAAAACUUUUCGACGAUCUUUUCCAAACUGCAGGGCGCCUUUUCGGAAGCGAUGACACAGCCAAAAUACGCGACAGAUAAGAGGACUUUAGAUAAGACAUGGAAAUUAAUGGAUAAGGUAGUGAAAUUGUGUCAACAUCAGAAGAUGAACCUCAAAAAUUCACCCCCGUUUAUUUUGGACAUACUGCCGGACACCUAUCAGAGAUUAAGACUUAUUUAUUCGAAAUACGAAGACAAAAUGUACGUGUUACAUACGACCGAAUUUUUUAAUAUAUUUAUUAUUAAUUUAAUGCGUAAGUGUAAGCAGGCCAUAAAACUCUUUAAGGAAGGUAAAGAGAAGAUGUUCGACGAGAACUCACACUAUAGGAGGAAUUUAACUAAGCUUAGUUUAGUGUUUAGCCAUAUGUUGAGUGAACUUAAAGCUUUGUUUCCGAACGGAGUGUUUGCCGGGGACCAAUUUCGUAUAACCAAAUCGGAUGCUGCCGAAUUUUGGAAGUCGAACUUCGGAAACAGCACAUUAGUACCAUGGAAACUAUUUAGGCAAGAAUUAAAUCAAGUUCAUCCGAUCAACUCGGGUUUAGAAGCGAUGGCGCUUAAGUCGACAAUAGAUCUCACGUGUAACGAUUACAUAUCAAAUUUUGAGUUUGACGUCUUCACUCGUUUAUUUCAACCGUGGGCGACGCUGCUGCGAAAUUGGCAAAUUUUGGCGGUCACCCAUCCGGGGUACGUGGCCUUUUUGACGUACGACGAGGUGAAGGCGCGCCUUCAGAAGUACAUCAACAAGGCUGGUAGUUACGUGUUCCGUCUGUCGUGCACGAGGCUGGGACAGUGGGCGAUCGGUUACGUUACGUCCGAUGGUGAAAUUUUGCAGACGAUACCUCAAAAUAAAAGUCUGAUCCAGGCGCUUCUCGAUGGGUACCGAGAGGGGUUCUACCUGUAUCCGGACGGGCGAUCGGUUAAUCCGGACCUCUCCUGGGCGGUCCAGCCGACGCCCGAAGAUCACAUAGCGGUCACGCAGGAGCAGUACGAGCUAUAUUGCGAAAUGGGCAGUACGUUUCAGCUGUGCAAGAUCUGCGCCGAAAACGACAAGGACGUGCGCAUCGAACCAUGCGGGCAUCUGCUCUGCACCCCCUGCCUGACGGCGUGGCAAAUCGAUUCCGAAGGUCAGGGUUGUCCGUUCUGUCGGGCGGAAAUCAAGGGCACCGAGCAAAUCGUCGUCGAUCCCUUUGACCCCAAAAAAUCCCACAACAAAUCGAAGGUGGCGGUCUUGGCGCAGAACAUCGACGACGAUGACCUGGAAUUAGAGGAUGGUAGCGAUUUGUGGAGUUGUUCAGGUAGCAGUUUGCAGGCGUUAGCUUUAUCCCCGAGGUCGGAAAUUUCUAGUGCAGUAAGUCCAAUGAUAUCGCCUCGUAGUAGUCCUAGAAGCAUUCGUCGCAGUAUAACACCGACAACGGCAAUUCCUCCUCCUCUACCUCCCAGAAAGAACUCGCCCACGAUGGAGCAAACGGUCCCGACGACGAGCACAAACGGUAGCGCAAGCUCGAACGGUAGUAUAGAAGAAUCAAGAAUCAACCUGCAACAGCUACCGUUAGCGCAAUUAACGUUGAAGAGCAAUUCGCUUCAAGAUAUUAAUCGGGAGUCGAGCGUUUCCACGACCGAUAGUUUAGUCGAAUUAAGUUCGCCGGCAACGAUUUACGGCAUAGUAAUAUCCGAUUACAACUUAGACAGUAAAAGUUUUUCGAAGGAGAGUCAAUAUUGGCCGACGUCGCAGCUGAACGCGUGCCCAACGAAGUCGAACACGACGCCGAACUUUAACGAUGCGCAGAUCGACUUUUUAAAAAGUACCUUCACUCGCGAGCCGCCCUACGAAAACAUCCGAAUAAAUAUGCCGAUGCCGCCUAGAAGCAAGGAAAGGUACAAUCCGUUAACGUCCGACGAAAACAAUUCGGUCUGCUACGAGAACGUCAACAUCGACUACAUUAAAAAGCUGGUGGGCGAGGGGUACUCGAGGGAGUCCGUGAUAAAAGCGCUGGGGAUUACAAGGAACAACGUCGAUAUGGCUUGUGAUAUUUUACACGAAUUUGGUACAAAAUUGGGAUAGUGGGGCGGAGAUUGGUGCUCCGUCCGGAGUUGGGCUGGGUCACACAUAUUUUGACCCACCUGGUAAACUGAAUGUAAGAGUAAGUGACACAGAAAAUUUUUUUGACCCAGUCUAACUUUGAUCCCGUCUUGCAAUAAUUAUUUAUCUUUCGGCUUGCAUUUGUACAUCACUAAUAAUACCUACAUGCAAAUUAUAAGUCUUGUAAAAUCGUUCUACUUUGUGUUUGUUUCAAGUCGUGUAUGUGUAGGUAAUUCACAUCUCACAAUCAAAAUGUAUUUUAUAGAAAUUUCGAUGUCUUCAAAGCAACUAAGUAGGACAUAUCCGCGGUAAGUGUGAACAAUCGAAUACUACAAAAAGAUCUAAAUGUAUUUUAAAUUAAUUAUUCUAAAGGCUCUCUAUAGUUUUAUUUCACUCUUAUUGCGACGUGUGAAUCAGUGGAUCUGUAAGGAUUAUUAUUUCCUCAGGACAACCCCAUGCCAAAGUUUGUAUAUAGCGCAAAAAGUAUUGGCUAUGUUUUUUAUUCAUGUACAUAUUUUCUCAUGUACCAUUUAUGUAUGAAUCGCCCUCGACCAUAUUAAAAUUUAACUAGA